GAUCUACCGCUCGCUCGCUCGCUCGCCUCCCCUCCCCUUGCCUCCUUUCUUUUAUUUUUUAUUUUUUUCUGAAGUUCAACCACACCGGCACACUGCCUCCGGUCUAGGCGAGAGUUGUCUGCUCAAAUUCAUUGAAAUGCAAAUGCAAAAGGUUUAGCAGAACUAGCUUAGAACAUUCACGGACUUAACCACAAAGGAAGCUGCCUUCUUCAACCCCUUCUUCUGUGUAGCUUGAAGUGGUGCUGCUUCCAGGCAUCCUUCAACCAUGAUCUUAUACCAAACUCUCCUACAACGUUUUCCUCCCUGUACACCUAUCCCCUCUCUCUGCACGUUUUCAAUACAUUCUUCUUCCUCUCCUUCUCCUUCUUGCCCAUCAUCUUACAACCCUGUAAAGCGUGUAACCUUUAGCUGCUCUUUACCAUCUCCCUCGUUAGCUGUGGAGAGAAGGGUCACAGAGAGAAAUGAGAUUCGCUUUGGAUUACCAAGUAAAGGUCGAAUGGCUUCAGAUACUCUUGAUCUUCUCAAGGAUUGCCAACUCUCAGUUAGGCAGGUAAAUCCUCGACAAUAUGUUGCAGAUAUUCCGCAGCUUGCAAACUUAGAGGUCUGGUUUCAGCGGCCCAAGGAUAUUGUUCGCAAAUUACUUUCAGGAGAUCUGGACCUUGGUAUCGUGGGUUUUGAUACAGUCAGUGAAUAUGGACAAGGGAGUGAAGAUUUGAUCAUAGUUCAUGAUGCACUUGAGUAUGGACAUUGCCGUUUAUCUCUUGCAAUCCCCAAGUAUGGGAUAUUUGAAAAUAUAAAUUCACUAACUGAGCUGGCAAACAUGCCUCAAUGGACUGAUGAGAAGCCUCUACGAGUUGCUACUGGUUUUACUUAUCUGGGUCCUAAAUUUAUGAAAGAUAGUGGAUUAAAACAUGUCAUUUUCUCAACAGCUGAUGGAGCAUUAGAGGCAGCUCCUGCGAUGGGGAUAGCAGAUGCUAUUUUGGACCUUGUAAGUAGUGGAACAACAUUGCGUGAAAAUAAUCUGAAGGAAAUUGAAGGUGGAGUAGUCGUACAAAGCCAGGCUGUUCUUGUAGCAAGCAGGAAAUCUCUGAUCCAGCGUGAAGGUGUUUUGGACACUACACAUGAGAUUCUUGAAAGACUAGAGGCACAUUUGAGGGCAAGCUAUCAAUUCACGGUAGUUGCAAACAUGAGAGGAAAUAGUGCAGAGGAAGUGGCUGAGAGGGUUCUAAGUCAGGCAUCGUUAUCUGGGUUACAGGGACCCACCAUAAGUCCAGUUUUCUGUAAACGAAAUGGGAAGGUUACAGUAGACUACUAUGCGAUUGUUAUAUGUGUACCCAAGAAGGAGCUCUACAGAUCUGUUCAGCAGCUGAGAGCUAUUGGGGGCAGUGGAGUUUUAAUCUCUCCGUUGACUUAUAUUUUUGAUGAAGAGCCUCCAAGAUGGCGUCAGCUUCUUUCAAACCUCGGGCUUUAAUCUUUUGGGUGAUGACUUAGGUGGUGUGAUUGCAUCUUAAUUUUGUAGCAGUAAACCAGAAAACAUUUCAUAGUGAAUGUCUCAAGACAAAGAACUAAGAAUCAUCUUGGGCUGGGAAAAUUUUGGAUGUUGUUUUUAUUAUUCUUUUAUUUAGAACAUCACUUUGCAAGCAUGGAAGCUAGGAGUUUCCGGCUUUCCUGCCACAAGAACAUGGAAACAUCCAUUCAGAAGUUAAAAUCUUUUCCCCUCCAAUGUAACAGAUUUUUGGACCUUUGAAGCUCUUGCAUUGUUUAGAGAAGAUAAUGGAUAGAUCUAAUAUUUUUAUUUUCGCUUUUAGAAAAGAACAUAGGAGCCA